AUGGCACAGCGUAGUAACUUUCUAGCACAGAGGGUUCAGCGGAGAAGUAUACAGAACGAAAGGUCACCGAACCCGCCUCUUUCAGCAAAGAGUUUGCGAAUCCUCGAGGAAAUCAGGAAAGUCCGAAAUGAAAAUCGCUCCCAUUCUACAUCCAAAAGGACAAGGUCGCCUGCACCCGUGCCUCCGUCUGCUCUGAAGAGGGCACGAAUUAACGGGCAGUUCACAAGGUCACCCCAACUGUCGGGUAGAUCCGUGGACAUGGGUGCACAGGACGCAGUGCAUGCACCGGAACACAUGGGCACACCACAUGGACCCGCGAGACUUAGAACUGACGAUGGCAACGACAAUGGGAAACCAAGACUAUCUCGGGGUCUUCGGGUGACUCCUUCCACCUCGAAAAGACGUAGAACUGUUGUGUUUGGGAGCGGGAAGAAAAGGUCUCGACCAAGCUCUCUCUCGGCCGCUGCACUGAAGGAAUUAAAGUCCACUGCGAAGAACGAUAUUGAUAAUGGCAGGCAGCAUAACAAACGUUUGUUUUCUCUGGCGGCGUCAGAAGAGUCUGGAGCUGGGGUUGCGAAAGUCGCGCCAGGAAAGGGGACAGCGAGACUAACCGACAGACCCGCUGGGGAUCGGUUCUCCCUUCCAGCAGUUGCUUUUCCUCCGAUGCCGAAGGUUGCUAGCGGCGGCAGUAGCGCAGACUCUCGUGAGGGCUUUCCACAGACUUCGGACGCUCUCCACGGGGGCCGUGGAGGAUCUGGGGCGGUGGCAGGUGUGUUCAAACUAUCCGAACAGCGCCAGGGUAUAGAGACGGUACCACGCCCAAAAUCGAAGCUGUCAACUGCAGCCGAGAUGGAAGACGCCGGUUUCCUUCACAAACCAUCGGUGGCGGGAAGUAGUGAUAUCCCCUUGCCUUCAAGAGUUUCCGGUGAAGGGAGUGCAUUUGGUGAGGCAAAGCCAUUCGUUUUUGGGGACAUGAAACCUCUCGGUGUAGUGCAGUCAGGAGCAAACGAUAGCUCUGGACCUGUGUUAUCAUCUAACAUCGUGCCAUCAAAGCCAACAUCGCAAACCGCACUUGUACUAUCUGGUGAUAGUUAUGCACCACGAGGGGCCUUGGGCGGGAAAGGCCAAUUGGGAAGUACGUCAAAGUCACUUGACCAGACUCAAGGCGUGCCUGACGUCAAGCAAUCUCUUUUUGGAGAUAGCACGUCACAUGGUUCGCUACCGGCUGUCGCUACAGCUGAUGUUUCUGAACGUAGCGAUAAGAAUGACUUGUCUGCAAGCGUCUCCAUCGCUGGAAUUCCCGUGAAGGAAAAAUCAGAUUCUGUUCCCCGAUUCACUCUCGGAGAUGACCGAGCGAAGGCCAAUGAACCAUUCACAGGGAACCUGAAGCACGGUAUCCAGACAGGAAGCAAUUCGCUACCAGGAGAAGCGCAGACAGCAGGGAUUUCCGUAGCACCGACUGCCAGUGCAUCAUUGCUUGCACAAACCGCACCAACACUGGAACUAGAUGAUAUCCAAACGCAAAGCCGUUCCAAACCAAAGUCUGGAAACAACGAUGAGAUACAUCCGCCAGCGAAUGCCAAGUCACCUAGUUUUGCCGCCCAAGACAAUAUGAAAGAGACCCCCAGUUUCUUGAGCGUGCCACGCCCAUCGUCAGUCAUCGCAUCUGAAACAACGGCUCAGAAAGCGUCGAAGAAACCAACAAGUUUUGGGUUUGGCGUUGACCCCAAGUUCGAUUUGGUACCCGCUGAGAAGCGGCAGGGAUAUCGCGCAUUGCAUGCACCGUUUGUAGGGACAGAGUCUCGAAAGGAUGAGGAACAAGCUACCCGUCCCUUUGAAGCGGCGCCGUCGCAGACGACUGGGGAACCCAUUGGAGUUGUACCGUUAGGGACUAACUCUGAAGCACAAGUGUUUGAGAAUGCGAAUAUCGCUUCUACCACACUUCCAGUUUUUGCGUCACAGACAGGAAAGGACAAAGGAGGAGUUGGCGCUGUCACGGCAUCGGGUUCAGGAUUUGAUGCUGGCGCCAUGCUUGCAAAGCAGAAGGCCUUCGUGGGAAUAGGCACCCAAGAGACAGGCAAUGUUUUGAAAACGUCUUCAGCAUUGCCGACUGCCCCCUUUUCGUUCUUUGGAAAAAAAGCUGUAGACACAACUGAAGGCCUAGCGCCUUCCACCCAACAGAAUACGAAAGUCCCAGACAAUGAACCGGCGCCGUCUAGUGGCUUUAGUAACCUCGCUGGAGCAUCCAGCGGUCCGGUAUCUUCUAGUGGACAACCGUCGGGGGGAUUUGCGUUCGGUCCUGCGAAAGAUCUUCAAAAAGAUCCCGGCCCAUUCGGUGGAACUCAGUUUACCUCACUUCCUCCAGCGACUAACACGGCAAAAUUUGUGUUCGGAGCACCAUCAUCUCAAGCAAACGCAGCAACAAGUGGCUCUGGGUUUGCUGUAAAUGCCUCUGGAGCGGAUAUCAGAGAAGCACCCUCAUUCGGGUCCACCUUCCAAGGGUUGGCAGGGAUAGGCCAUAAGACGACGUCGCUCCCUGGUUCAUCACAAGCCAGCGCUAGUGGUGCUGAUCCAGCUCUGAACAGCGGAGCUUUCGGCUCAGCUGGCAGUGCCCCCUUCAGGUUGAGAACAGACGGAACUGGCAACGCUGCGAGCAGUGGUGCAUUAGGAAUCACUGAUGGCGUGAAGUUCGGCACCGAGAGCAGUGCGGCGAUUGGAACAGCAAGCACGGCAUCAUUCGGUGCUAAAAGAAGCGAGGCCUUCGGUGCCAGCGGGGGGGCUUUCAGUGCUAUGAGCGGUAGUGCGUUUGGGGCAUCGAGUGGUGGGGCGUUUGGAGCUUCGAGCGGUGGUGCAUUUGGUGCAUCGAGCGGUAAUGCAUUUGGCGCCGCAAGUGUUGGUACGUUUCCAACAGCAAGUAGCGGGCCGUUCAGUGCAGGAAAUCCCGGAGCAUUUGCUGCUGCGAGCGGCGGGGCGUUGCAGGGCAGUAGCGGCGCAGCCUUCGGCGAUGCUAGUGGAGUGUCGUUCGGGUCUACGAAGGGUGCGACGUUUGGCUCAGGAGGUCUAGGAGCGUUUGGUGCCACAGGGGCGCAGGCGGGUGCGUCUGUUCAAUUUGGUGCUCCAGCAGCAGCGCUUCCCGGGGGUGGCGCUGUCUUUGGUGUGCCGCCUGGGUCCUCAACCAGUCAGCCAAGCUUUGCGGCUCCGACGUUUGGUUUUGCGGCAUCUGUGACUGGACAAGGGGGGACUGCAAGUGGCUUUGGACCAUCUUUUGGGCAGUCCAUUUUACAAACUGGAAACAGUAUUGCGCCGUCGAGCAGCUCAGGACCAAGUGCUCCUUCCUUUUCGUUCGGCUCGAAUGGUGCGAGCGGGGCCCCCCCAGGAGGAGCAUUUAAUAUUGGUGCCGCCCCGAAUACUGGGCAGCAACCUGCUCGUCGUGGGCGUAGAACUCUUCGUGCUCGUCGAAUGCUGAGAUGAUACGAUAUGGAUCUCACGAGCUUCCCUAAUGGUUUCCACUCAGAGAGUUUUCGAGCAACCAGGUGUAGACUGUCUCAAUGAGAAAAUGAAAUUGAGUCGCGCUUUGACAUGCUAUGAAUACCCGGUUAUUGUUGCUUUAAGUACCGUACCCCGUUAGGACAACAUCAUUUCAAGUAGAACAAUUCACAACUAAAAUAACUGUCACCAU